AUGGCAGAGCUGCCGGAUCCCACUACAGAUCUGGAUUGGUCCGGGUAUAUCGGUGCCAUCCACGAGCUCUUUAGCAUUAAUGCCAACAAGAACCCCAAUGCCACUUGUGUGGUAGAGACCAAGACUUCGGAAACGCCCGAGAGGCGGUUUACCUACAGGCAAAUCUUUGAAGCCUCCAAUAUCCUCGCCCACCAUCUUCACGAAGCCGGCGUCACCAAUGGCGAUGUCGUUAUGAUCUGGGCACACCGCUCAGUCGAUCUCGUCAUCGCAAUCAUGGGAACUCUGGCCUCGGGUGCUACCAUGAGUAUCCUAGACCCGUUAUACCCUCCCACCCGACAACAAAUUUACCUCGAGGUUGCGCAACCGUGCGCAUUGGUCAACAUUGGCAAGGCAACCGAUGAAGCUGGACCUCUUGCCCCCCUUGUACGCAACUACAUUGACCAAGAGCUCACCCUCAAGACCGAGGUGCCCUCGCUUCGAAUCCACGAUGACGGCUCCCUCGCCGGCGCUGAGGCCGGCGCUCAAGAUAUAUUUGCUCCUGUGCGCAGCAAGGCAGCGCAACAGCCCGACGUCAUUGUUGGACCGGACAGCGCAGCUACUCUGUCCUUUACAUCUGGCACAGAGGGGCGGCCAAAGGGCGUGCUUGGCCGUCACUACAGUCUGGCAAAGUACUUUCCGUGGAUGUCGGAAAGAUUCGGCCUCUCCUCCGAAAGCAAGUUUACCAUGCUCUCGGGAAUUGCUCACGAUCCCAUCCAAAGAGAUAUAUUUACGCCUCUGUUUCUCGGCGCCCAGCUUCUUUGCCCCUCCAAGGAGGACAUUCAGCAUGAGAAGCUCGCCGAGUGGAUGAGGGAACACGAGCCCACAGUCACUCACUUGACCCCAGCCAUGGGUCAAAUCCUCGUCGGUGGUGCGACUGCCGAGUUUCCCUCUCUUCAGCGCGCCUUUUUUGUCGGCGAUGUGCUGACCACACGAGACUGCAAGAGUCUUCGCCGCCUCGCUGAAAAUGUCUUCAUUGUCAACAUGCUGGGAACCACGGAAACGUCCCGCAGUGUCAGCUUCUAUGAAGUCCCUUCUAGAGCCACCGACCCGGAUUUUCUGGAAAGGCUUGGAAAGGACAUCAUUCCAGCUGGCCGUGGUAUGAAGAACGUCCAAAUUCUUGUGGUACAUCGCGAGGAGCCUACAAGACUUUGCAAGGUUGGCGAAGUGGGCGAGAUUUACUUCCGUGCUGCUGGUCUGGCCGAGGGAUACAAGGGCGACCCCGCCAAGACGGCUGAGAAGUUUGUCGACAACUGGUUCAUCGACAAUAGUGUCUGGGUCGAGGCUGAUAAGAAGGCGGCCAAGAACGAGCCCUGGAGAAAGUACUACAAGGGACCCCGCGACCGCCUCUACCGCACCGGCGACCUGGGAAAGUACCUAGAGUCGGGUGACGUCGAGUGCACCGGCCGCGCAGAUGACCAGGUCAAGAUCCGAGGCUUCCGUAUAGAGCUCAACGACAUUGACAGCAACCUGAGUCAAAGUCCCCUGAUUCGCGACUGCAAGACUCUAGUCAGACGAGACAAGAACGAAGAGCCUACCCUUGUUAGCUACAUUGUCCCAGAGCUAAAUGUCUGGCCCAAAUUCCUUGAGUCGGUCGGCCUGCAGGAUAUCGAGGAUGAGGGUGUCGUGUUUGGCCCUACGCGCCUCUUUUUCAAGCGUUUCCGUCGCAUGCAGACCGAAGUGCGUGACCACCUCAAGGAUAGACUUCCUAUCUAUGCCGUACCCACUACCUAUAUCGUUCUCGACAGGCUGCCGCUCAACCCUAACGGCAAGGUGGAUAAGCCUAAUCUGCCCUUCCCCGAUAUCGUUGAACAAACGGAAGACGCCACCGAGGAAGACCUCAAGCGUUGGGACACCUUGAGCGAGACUGAGCGCAGUGUAGCUACCCAAUGGAGUGAGAUCAUCAAGGGUCUCAACCCCAAGACUAUCUCGCCCGAGAAUGACUUUUUUGAUCUCGGCGGUCAUAGUCUUCUCGCUCAGCAGAUGCUUCUCGUUCUGCGCAAGAGUUUGAAUGUCAAUGUCUCUAUUGGCUCUCUGUACGAGAAUCCUACGCUUGGCGGCUUCAGCGCUCAGGUUGACAGACUCAUCUCUGGUGCUGGCGCAGAGACGGAUGCCGCUGACAAGGCAAACCCUGCGUACGCUCGAUCUUUCGACGAGCUCAAGGGGGAGCUUCUCGCCCAAUAUCCUUCCGCCGAUUCCUCCACGAUGCGCGCCAAUAACAGCCCAACCGUCUUCAUGACCGGUGCCACUGGUUUCCUCGGCGCCUACCUCAUCAAGGACGUGCUUGAGCGAACAAGCCGCUCCCUUCGUCUCAUCGCACACGUCCGUGGCGCGACCGACCCCAAGGCCGCUCUCGAGCGUCUGCAACGAUCUCUGGAAGGCUAUGGUCUGUGGAAGGAAGAGUGGUCCAACAGACUCAGCUGUGUUGUCGGUGAUCUAUCCCAACCACAGUUGGGUAUCGCAGAUGAUGCUUGGAAGACGCUCGCCGACACGGUUGAUGUGGUCAUUCACAACGGGGCCACUGUGCAUUGGGUCAAGAGAUACCAAGACAUGAUGGCUGCCAACGUCCGCUCCACCAUGGACUGCAUGAGACUCUGUGGCGAGGGCCGCCCCAAGAUCUUCACCUUUGUCAGCUCCACUAGUGUUCUCGACACCGACUACUACGUCGACUUAUCGGCAAAGCAAGUGAGCACCGGACAAGGCGCGCUCUCCGAAGAGGACGACCUCAUGGGCAGCCGCACCGGUCUCGGCACUGGCUAUGGCCAGACAAAGUGGGUGGCGGAGCAGCUCACACGCGAGGCAGGUCGUCGCGGCCUGCGCGGCUCCGUCGUCCGCCCCGGCUACAUCCUCGGCAACUCCGAGACUGGCGUCUCCAACACGGACGAUUUCCUGAUCCGCAUGCUCAAGGGCUGCAUCCAGCUCGGCGUGCGCCCCCGUAUUAUCAACACGGUCAAUGCGGUGCCCGUUAACCAUGUUGCCCGCGUCGUCGUCGCCGCCUCGCUCAACCCGCUCCCACAGGGUGUGCAUGUCGUGCACGUCACCGGUCACCCGCGCCUGCGCAUGAACGAGUACCUGUCGCUGCUCGAGUACUACGGCUACAAGGUGCCCGAGGUGGACUACGCCGCGUGGAAGUCUGAUCUGGAGCGGUACGUCACGGCCGGCGGCGCGGAAAAGGAUCAGGAGCAGCACGCUCUUAUGCCGCUGUACCACUUUUGCGUCGACGACCUGCCCGCCAACACGCGCGCGCCUGAGCUCGAUGACCAGCACGCGAUUCGUGUGCUCAAGGACGAUGCGGACAACUGGACCGGUGUCGACGAGAGCUCCGGCUACGGCAUCGGCAAGGAUGAGGUCGGCAGGUACCUGCGCUAUCUCGCCGAAAUCAAGUUUGUGGGCUGGCCCACGGGCAAGGGCCGGCCGCUGCCGGAGCUACAGCUCUCGGCCGCGCAAUUAGCUGCGGCGGGCGGUGUUGGUGGCCGUGGAGGUGCCGGAAAAUAG